AUGGCGCCGCGGUUCUGGGUGCUGCGGUGCUGCGGCUGCCGCCUCUUCCAGGUGCAGCAGGCCAAGCGGAGCGGGAAGUGGAGCUGCGCCGUGUGCGGGCAGAAGCAGGCGGUGCAGAAGGUUUAUGGGGACGGGUCUGCGGUGGACUGCAGGCUCCACGUCCAGAAGCUGAACUUACUGCAGGGUGAGGCGGAGGAAGCCCAGAGCUGGACACCUCGGUUUGUAGAAGACUCUGUAGAUGCCAAUAAGAAUACAGCAGUCGAAAGCGAAGGCAGAAGUUUGGUCCAGCAGGAAGGAAAGGCAGAAGUCAGUCGCUGGAGUAAAUAUCUGGACGAGAGUAAUGAAACUCAGGAGGAUGAUGAGGAAUCAGGAGAAAGGCAACAGUUUUGCUCCUGGAGGAUGAACACUGCGGAAGGACAAAGGAAACACCAGAACAGCUUCCCCCCUACACUGAUGUCCAGGAAUUGUCAGAGGAAAAUGGAGCUUUGCCGAUUGCAAACCAAGCCAAAAAGGUUAAAAUCUCUGAGCGCAAGCCACGUUCACUAGCAGUGCCACAACAAGGUGAUGGAGCAGCUGGCUGUGGAGACAGGAUGAUUCCUGCUGCGUGCUAUAAUGCAGUGAACAGAGCAAGACAGUAAUGCUGCUUAAAUACACAGACUCAUGUAGUGAGAGGCAGGAAGUCGUAUUUAUUGUUUUCAUCCAACUCUACAAGCACUUAGGAACAUGAGACAGAAACCCUUAGGAGGAAGAAGGACAAACUGCCAGAGUUGUUGUA